UGUCCGCCGAGCUGCCAGCAACAUGGAGGGCGUCUGUGUCACGUUCCUGGCGGUGGCCAUCCUGGCGGUGACCACCUUGCCGGUCGCGAGGUCGGCGACGGUGCGCGCGGACGCCUCCGACUACGUCGCUCUGGACGGGUGCGGCGCAUCGCCGGACCGCCUGUGCCUCGCCUACCCCGACAACUGCAUCGCCAGCCACACGUGCACGCUCAUGGCGACGGUGCGCCCGGACCCCGCCGCCGCCGCCAACAAGUACCUCUUCGAGAUGGCCGCCCAGUACAGCGGCUACGUCGCCGUGGCGCUGUCCGAGUCGGACCUCAUGGGUGUCGACAGCGUCGUGGAGUGCAUCCAGGACCCCGCCGACCACACUGUCAAGCUGUACCAGUCGCUGAACAAGGCCUUGAACACCACGACCGGCAAGAGGGGAAACAAGCGUCUUCCGGCUGAGGAGCAGACCGGCGUGACCCUGGCGGCGGGGAAGGUCCAGAACGGCGUCAUCCGCUGCAGCUUCAGCCGCGACACGGUGACCACCGUCCGCGGCAAGAAGUACGACCUGGCGAAGGAGACCUGGUACCUGCAGGCGGCGGCGGGGAACAGACUCAACGCCGACACCAGCAUGCACCACCACACGGAGUGGGUGGCGACGGGCAGCGCGGUCAGCCUGGGCACGGCGGGCCUCGUCAAGGACAGCCACGGGUCGCGGAGAGACCCUCCCAACAACAACGGCGGGGGGCAGCCUCCCUCCGCCUCCGCCGCCGUGCUCGCACUCGUCGCCGUCCUCUGCGCCGUCCGUGCUCUGUAGAGGCUACCUUCGCCUUCGAGAGCCUUCCUGACGGAUUUGGACUCACCCCCACCCUUGUCUCUCAAAAAUAUUAAUUUUAUAAACGAUUUCUAAUAUAGUUAAAAAUGAACUGUGACUGUUGAACUAA